AGGAGCCAAAACAGCAUCAGGAAUUGCAGACAACGACGAGAUACGAAUUGUUUGUCGCGUCUGUUUUUUUUUUUUUUUUGGUUUUUUUUCAACCGAAAAAUUUCUUGAUCAGAAUUUCAGUAUCCUGUUCACUUGGUGUGUUGAUCAGAGUUACAAGUUUGCAGAGGGACAAAGAAUAUUGAUGUCCGUAGUACAUUCAUCAGCCAGAGAUAAGGCGAAUGUGUCUCUCAGGGGGAAGGGGCGAGUGAGAGGCUGUCCAAAGAAGGUGGCAAGAGUGACGUUUCCCAUGUGACUGAGGUUAUAUAACGCAUGAGUCUGCCUCCCAGCUUGCCAGUCGCCCGCGUGUGUUCGUCGUGGCCAGAGCGGAAUCGAGCUCUCGCGUCGCUUUCUGUCGCCACGCUGAGAACUGGCUGGCGCUGAGAGCACGUAUACCAAGCUCACUGUCAAUGAGAGGAAUGGGCAGUGAAGGAAGAGUCGAACAGAACGCAAAGAAAGACAUGAAAAAAAGGAAAAGAUAAGUGAUGAAAGAGAAAAGAAGAAAACUAGUAUCCCAAGAGAGAGAGACAACAAAUAAAUAAACAUCUAGAGACAAAGAAAGGGAAGCAAAGAAAAGAAAGAACAGUACCAAAAGAAGAGGAAGAGGACAAGAUGUUUCGGUGGACGGUCCUGCUAGCGCUUCCUCUGCUGACCGCCUCGCAGGACAGCAGGUCCAGCAAGGUGACUACGGUACACCUGCGCGUGCUGGACCAGCUGCUGCGGACCUACGACAGGCGAGCCACCCCUACCAAUCACCGGAACGAGCCCACCAACGUCACCUGCGAACUCUACAUCCGGAGCUUCGGAUCCAUCAACCCCACGACUAUGGACUACCAGGUGGACCUAUACCUGCGGCAGGAGUGGGAGGACGAGCGGCUGCGGCACCCAGACAUCACGCGGCCGCUGGACCUCAACGACCCCAACCUGGUGAAGGCGAUUUGGAAGCCCGAGGUGUACUUCCCCAACGCCAAGCUUGCCGAGUUCCAGUUCGUGACUGUGCCCAACGUGCUCGUCAGACUCAACCCAGACGGCAAGAUUCUCUACAUGCUCAGACUGAAGCUAACAUUUGCUUGUAUGAUGGAGCUCUCUCGCUUCCCGCUGGACGUCCAGGUGUGCACCAUGGAGAUCGGAUCCUUCUCCAAAACGACGCAGGAACUCAGCUUGUCGUGGAAGAGCGGGGAGCCCAUUAAGAUUUACCGGGGCCUCAAGAUGCCUCAGUUCAACAUUAUUGAUAACGAGACAGAUCGAUGCCACGAGGACUUCCAGAUAGGGAACUACAGCUGCCUGCGCGCGCUCAUCACGCUGGAGAGGAACAUCGGCUUCCACCUGGUGCAGAGUUACCUGCCCAGCAUCCUCAUCGUGGUCAUUUCCUGGAUGGGAUUCUGGAUGGACACUGAUUCUGUCCCCGCGCGCACUUGCCUGGGCGUCACCACUCUGCUCACCGUGUCCAAUCAGGCCUCAGAGACGCAGCUGAAGAUUCCUCAAGUGUCGUACAUAAAGGCCUUGGACAUCUGGAUGGGGGUGUGCACUGCCUUCAUCUUCGCGGCACUGCUGGAGUUCACGGUGGUCAACUACUACUGGCGGAAGAGAGUCAGCGUCCCCUACCGCAACCCAUGCCGCCCCAAGACCACCUCAGACAGCUGGAUGGAACUGAUGCCCAACGGCCGCCUUGCAGACCAGACUUCCCCAGGCGUCCCCGGCGAUGGAGGCGGCGGAGUUCCACCAUCAGCCAGGCCGACGCUCGCUUCUACCGCCUGCUGGCCUGCCGCAUCGACGAGGUGUCCCGCUACCUCUUCCCGGCGGCCUUCCUGGUGUUCAACCUGGCCUACUGGUCCUACUACAUGUCCCCACCGGCACUAGGCUGCCGCAGGUCAGGCGGGCAGGACACGUGUCGCCCCUUCGCCAGGUCCGCGCCUCAACACGUGCAUCACUUCCAUGGCAAGGAAAACAUGAAGCACUUCCCUUACUCGAUUCCCGCCCACGACCACCACAGUGUCGCAGGAUCCAUACGACAGACUGGUCGGCCAGCGAGCUCGUGACGUCAGCGUGGGUUGUAUCGUGACAUCAGCUAGCCCACCGCCUCACACACUCUCCUCGCCUGAACACAGCCAUCCUCCUACCCUGAUGUGUGACAAUAAUGAAGAGAGAGAGAAAAAAUAACAAGCAAGAAAUAGCAAGAAAUAUGUAAAAAUAAUUGGUAAUAAAUGCAUCAGCCAGUGAGUGAACAAGAUGCAGGGAGGCUGAUGACGCACUGUCCGCUCGUUAGCUGGCUGACCCGUCUGUCGUACGGAUCCUGCUGUGUCCCGCCGCCCCCUCUGUGGCGAGGGACGCAGCGCCCGCACUCCCCCGUGACUUGUAUUGUUCCCCAACGAGAGGAAACACACGCGACACUUCCCACGAGGCGUGCACAUCCUCCUCGCUGGAGCAACGGCAGCAGCAGGCUGGCGGCCAUGACUCCGGGGAUAUGACGCAAUGCCUACUUGGAACACACCAGACUCCCGACUCCCGGCGCAGCACUGGGGCCAACAAAGCAACAAGGCACCACACACUGAGGCCACCAAGGCACCACACACUGAGGUCACCAAGGCGCCACGCACUGAGGCCACCAAGGCACCACACCACUGAGGCCCAGCAAGGCACCACGCACUGAGGCCACCAAGGCACCACACACUGAGGCCACCAAGGCACCACACACUGAGGCCACCAAGGCACCGCACACUGAGGCCAGCAAGGGCACCGCACACUGAGGCCCACCAAGGCACCACGUACUGAGGCCACCAAGGCACCAAGUCACCAAACAGGUUUUUGCGUCCAUACGGGGACACUUUGGCGGGCCGUCUACAAUGCCUCUCUCUGCAGGGAAUGACAGAAUCAACAAAGUUUCAAGUGGAAUAAUCAGCCUCAAAUUUCUUAAAUCUCUUGUUGUGUAAAUUACUGAUUCGAAUUAAUAUGAUCAAAAAAUGUACGGCUCUCGCUCCGAAUGAUGAUAAUGAUCAGCCGUGGAGACAAUAGCCAGAAGAGAUGCUCCAGAAUAUUAUAUUAAAAAUGUAGUAACGGAGAGAAAGACAAAAUCAAAAUAAGACACAUUACUAAGACAUUCCACGUCACAUCAAACACAAUGACCCUCAACACAAUGACCCUCAACACAAUGACCCUGAACCUCACCAGUACAAAUCCCGUCACUACACAAAACACUGAGCCGUCAGAAACACUUCACCUCGAAAUAUUUGAGUAUAAAAGCACACGACUCACUUCAGUCCUCCCCUCCCCUGCACAAAGUGUCGGCGAUUAUCAACUAUUACUGAACACACUCCCAUAUUAUUCUGACGAGCGGCGCAGCGAGGCCAUUGCGAGCAUAGCAUAUUGAAAUUCCAAGUGUCGCUCUUUAUGUCUCUCAGAGGAAACAACAAAACAGGUAAGGGGAGAGAUCCAUCGGUGAAAGGACCUACAAUUGUCCUUUCCCUCCUCCUCCUCCUCCCCCUCCUGGGCUACUCUUCCUCUUUCUCCUCCUCCUCCUGCUCCUCCUCUUCCUGGACACAAAGGCAGGAGUCUCGUGCCAAGAAACACAACCCAGACUCACCCAGCAACACACUCACGUCCCGCUACACCAACACGUGUCCUCUCUUCUGCGUCUCCUGCGUUAUCAGAGAGAGAGAGAGAGAGAGAGAGAGAGAGAGAGAGAGAGAGAGAGAGAGAGAGAGAGAGAGUAUGUAGUAGCGUGUCCUUGAAAACCAGAAGUGUGUUAAUGUCACCGCGCCAAGGAAGGAAACAAUCGUGGAAGAUGAGGCAAUAAUGUAGAAAUUAAUGACGUUUCCCUCUCUCUCUCUCUCUCUCUCUCUCUCUCUCUCUCUCUCUCUCUCUCUCUCUCUCUGCUAGUCCAUUAACGAAGCAUUGUCUUGUCUCGGAACACGCCUUCAUUAAGUCUAACCCCCAUCCACCGCACGAGUUGAUAAAACAGAGGCAGGAGGAGGAGGAGGAUGCCCUUUGGUAUUAGUCGAACGUUCAAAGC